UUACCAUAACAGGGUGGGCGCGUGCGCUAACACGAGCUCAGUAGAAGUUUGGCAGAGGAGAAAUUUAGAGAGGAACUGCUGAGAAAGAAGGCAAAUGGGCCGAAAAACGCAGAUUUAAUCCGCCUGUAGUCGUUUCACAGCGGGAACUUCAGGAUCCAGGCCUUCUUGGUUUUGGCUGAACAUGGACCCCAACGGUGAGAACAAAAUGACACCUCACCUGUCUGGAACCGGCUCGUCUGAAACCCAGUGGCUGACCACGCCCAAAGGAGCAGGCUGCAGCUGGUUGGUGGUGCUUGCAGCUGUGUCAGCCUCUCUAAGUGGUCUGAUGUUAGGCUAUGAAAUGGGCCUGACCUCCGGGGUCCUGCUGCAGCUGCGGGGUGUCCUCUCUCUUUCCUGCAGGGAACAGGAACUGCUGGUUAGCUCCUACCUGCUUGGAGCUCUCCUCGUCUGCCUCGCUGGAGGCCCUAUUCUGGACCGUUAUGGCCGCCGCUGCUCUUUGCUCCUGAGUGCUUUGUUGGUGGUUGGAGGAACCAUCCUACUUGUCGCUGUGACGUCCUUUGUCUCUCUCACGCUGGGCCGUGUGAUCGUAGGCAUGGGGACCUCUUUGUCAGGGACAGCAGCGUGUCUGUACAUAGCAGAGAUCUCGCCGAGGGAGAGGAGGGGUCUGUUGGUCACGCUGUACGAAUUGAUGCUAGUCAUAGGGGUAAUGUUGGGGUUUGGUUGUAGUUACGCCUUUGCCACCUCGCCUCACGGCUGGGCGUACACAUUUGCACUUGUUAUUCCCCCGACGCUGCUCCAGAUAGGUGCGCUCGUCUUCCUCCCAUCUAGUCCACGCUUCCUUGUUGCUCAGGGAAAAGUGGAGCAGGCGAGGGUGGUGCUGUUCAGGUUGAGAGGUGGAGACAGGGAGCACGUAGCAGGGGAGCUCAGGGACAUCCAGGCUGGACUAAAAGAAGAAUCAGAGCAUAGUUUUUGGGAGCUAUUCAGUGACAAAGCCAACCUGCGUUUACGGUUGCUAACGGGCGUGGCCCUAGUCUUCCUCCAGCAGGCUACAGGACAACCCAACAUCCUCUCCUACGCCUCCCCUCUCCUCCGCAGCGUCGGCUUCGACAGUGAUGCUGCCGCCACCUUGGCCUCCACGGGUUUUGGAGUGGUCAAAGUAGUUUGCACCAUCCCCGCUGUGUUGCUGGUUGAUCGCGUGGGAACCAAAAGCUUUCUGGUGGUGGGCGCCGUUGCAAUGGGAAUUUCUCUGGCUGCUCUCGGUACCCUGACUCUGCAAAGCCGCACUCACCUCACAAGCCUGUGCAAAAGCCAGGCUGAACUAAACCACACAAGUACGCUGUGGGAUCUGAACACAACCUCUAUAGACUUGGACAGCAGUGACAUUUUUUCUACUCACCUCCCAAACCAGUGGGGACCAGAGGAGGUACGGAGGACUGAUACAGAACAAAAUGGGUUUGACGGAUCAGGAGGAGGAAGGACUGAUGGAGAAAUGUCUUCCUCAUUGAAGUGGGUGUCCUUGAUAAGCCUGCUGUUGUAUGUGGCAGGCUUCUCCAUUAGCCUGGGCCCAAUGGUGUACGUGGUCCUCAGUGAGAUCUUUCCCAUGGGAGUCCGAGGCAGAGCCGUGUCUGUGGUGUCGGCUGUGAACUGGGCCACAAACCUGCUCAUUUCUAUGACUUUUCUCACCAUCACAGAAAAGAUUGGCGUUCCCAACGUAAUGUUCUUGUACGCUGCCGUGAGUUUCGUUCUGCUGGUGUUCGUCUUCCUCUGUGUGCCGGAAACCAAAGGCCGGACGCUGGAGGAGAUUUCAAAAGACCUGGCAAAGAAGAAAAGGUUUGAGGUGACGCUUUAUAGGCAGGAGCAGCCAAGGGAGAGCCUGAUCAGCAGGAGCACGCUGAAGGAGUCUCCGGCAAACGCCUGAGUCGUGUACAGAUGGAAGCGUUCCACCGAGUGUAACCUGAGCGUGAAGAAGUGGCGUCUUUACAUCCCUGAUGUUUUCUGCAGAGUAGUGGAGAAGCAUUUGGGAAUUUUCUCAAAUCAGGUCAUCUCAGGGUUACACUUUCUUUUAUUAGGAUAAAUAAUAAAAACUACACCAGGUUUGGAGGAAUACAUCAUGUGUAUUUUAACCAAUACAAUCAAAGCCAUAUUGCACACUAAACUCCACCAGACAGAACUAAGGCCUUCGAUUAGCCACUAAACGAAUCUACUUGUUUUGAACUAACACGUAGACACGAGUUACCUGUCUGAAUUCAGACACCUAAAUGCCUGAAAUGGGCGUGUUUUCCAGGUUUCUCUUAUGGAAGUGAACAAAUUCCUAAAAAGGGUGGCCUCACUCUUCCGGUACAGCCAGUUUUAUCAGAAGAGCAUGACCCCCGCAUAUGCAUAUUUUACAAAUAUUUGCUGCUGAAUAUUAAAUAAAAAUCGAUCAAAUAAGUAUUAAAGAUCAAAAACCUACUGAGGGUUCAAGUUUGAGAGACAAGGCGUAAAUUGCACUAUUUUUAAUUUGUACAUGGAUGCCUUUUUUAGCAUGGAAAUAGUGUAGUUAUUGAAUAUUGUUGAUUUUUCUGGAAUAUUCUCUGUUGCACUCCACAUGUAAUCAAAUACUACAACCAGAACAGAAACAAAUAAAAUCGCCAGUAACCAUUUAA